AUGUACGAUUUUACAGUUCCUUUUGGCUACCGAAAUGAGUCGCUGGAGGUAGCAAAACUUACUUACAGAAAUUGGGAGAAUCCCUGGGACGAGUAUUUUAUUCGAAACCUGACAAUCGAAGCUGAAACUGAUUGGCGAUACUGUGCCCCUACCAUCAAUAUGCACCAAGACAGAUCCUUGCUUGACGAAAAUGAUGAGACGUAUUUCUACUACUUUGAUGUUCCGUCUGAUCUCUCUGGUGGCAUGCAGGGGGCAAAUCAUUGCACAGAUAACAAGUAUCAAUUCGGACAUCCGAUUUUAAAUCCGCUGUCAUCGCCAGCGGAUAAACUCCUGAGUCGGCAAAUGAUGAGAUACUGGGCGAACAUGGCCAAGUACGGAUCCCCGAAUGAUCCUGAAGGAGACGAUGAUCUUCCGAAAUGGGACGCUUAUCAUCAAGAACGGCGCAACUAUCUUCGAAUUGACCACGGCGUCCUUGAAAACGAGGACAACUUUAGGAGCCGCUUCAGUGCCACUUGGAUUGACACCAUUCGAAAUGUCGAAGAUCUCCGAAACGACUAA